CAAUGAUGAAGGCAAGAUUGACAGAUUUAGGAAUUCGAGAAAUAGGGAUGGCAUUGCCAUUUGGGAAAUCGAUUAUUAUGAAAAAUGAAGUAAACUUUCUUCAUGAUUAUGGUGAAUUAUGA